AUGGUCAGUGAGCCGUCUCGCUCGGUUCAUGGGAGAGGGCUGGUGCACGGUACUGUAACAGGCCCGCCACAACAACCUAUCCACAAGGCUCCAUCCCUUAUGAAUAUAAGCUUUUUGAAAGCAUUCGGUAGCGCCCAGAAGAAGCCCAUGAAAGAUGGCCAAGCUCCAAAGCGUCGAGGCCCAAAGCCCGACAGCAAGCCCGCCCAGACGAGGAGACAGGAGUUGAACAGACAGGCUCAGAGAGCACACCGUGAACGUAAAGAACAGUAUAUUAGAGCGCUUGAGACCGAGGUCUCGAGGUUGAGGGAGGCCUACACUGCUGACGUCGCUUCGGCACACGCAUCACUACAGCAGCACGGAGAAGCUCUGCACGGGUUGAGGGAGGAGAACGCUAUCCUGAAGGAUAUUUUAGCUUCGCACAACAUCAAUUACGAAGCAGAACUUCAACGUCGCAAGGGAGAGAGACCGCCAGGAUCCUUCGCAGGAAGCAGCACAGGUUCCCAAUCUGCCGGCCUCCAGAGUUCCGGUGCACCACCUAUGUUCACAACUCCUCCAACUACUAUUUCCUCUCCGGGAGGCAGUGGUGGUGACCAUUUUGAGCUACCGCCGAACAACGGUCCCUCGUACCAACAUAGCGGUUUCCAAGUAAGCCACGGUGGUGAGCAACCUGGUCACCUUGACUUUUCGUCCAAAGCGGCCAAUGGGCCGGUAUUAUCCGAGGUUCCUGGGAUAUUCGAGAAAGACCCUCAGCUUGGGGUGGACUUUGUCCUGACUCUCGAGGCACCGUGUCGUGUGCACACCGAAUACCUUUGUCGGAGGUCUGCAUCGGUUCCGGACGAAGAUGAUAUGCCAUUCUCGGGCCACGCAUUGAUGGCCUCUUGUCCGCCACCAACCCAUAUCCAUGGCACUACGGAGGAGCAUCCGUACCCUCAUCAGACUUAUGAUUUACCGGCCGCAAACUUAGCUACACUGCUGAACCUGAGUCGCCAACUCGUCACUGACGGCCAGAUUACACCAAUCAUGGCACUCCAGAGUCUGAAGAACCACGAACUGUACCCCAGUCUCACUCGGGAGGACGUGAAAGCUGUCAUGGAUACGUUGCUUGCUAAGAUUCGGUGUUACGGUUUCGGCGCUGUUGUGGAGGAUUUCGAGCUCAUGGACUGCCUCAGCAGCGUGCUGGGCACGAAAAUAGAGUCGGGCUUCUCUAGGUCCGCUGAUGACAUGAUGUACUCCUAG